CGAGCGCCAAAACACGGAAACGCACAAAACGAUUAACAUUGACGUCGCCUUCACAGAUUUAAGGUUUUCCUUAAGUUCGGUUAAGUUGUUAAGUUAGCAAACUAUCGCUAACAUUCAGAAUUUGACGCGGGGGGACUUAUAUGAACUGUUGGUGCUUUUUCCCAUGGAUGUCACACGGAAGAAUGUCAGCUUGAAAUCUGUGUACAGUUCGCAGUCUGUUUUGAAGACCAGCACUAAUGAACCCAAUGAGACGCCUCACCAGAAGAUGAGCAGCUCCCUGAAGGAGCGUCUGAAGAGGUCACGGCGCUCCUUCACCUCGCCUAUCCCUGUGGCCAAGCGCCUUUGUGUGGACGAGGAAGACGGCCAACCACUUCCAGCGGAUUCUCAGAUAACGGAUAAUACUAACACAAAUGCUCCACCUGCCAGCUCGUCUGCUAACGUCAACGGACAGGAAGUCAGACCUGGGAGUGAAAAGUUCUCCAGAAUGGUUCCCGGACGCAUGGGCAGUCGUUGUGAAGACUUUGCACAGCAAAGGGUGAGACUCAGCAGGGAGGUGAAGGACAAGACGGAGACUUUACGUCGACUUAAGAUGGUGAAGAUGUACAGAAGCAAGAAUGACCUCAACCAGCUCCAAACCUUGAUCGACAAGUGGCGGCGUUGUGCUCAGGACGCGCUGUACCAGCUCCGGUCGGACGUCCCGGUUGACGGACGCAAGGCCAACCUGUCAGAGCUCAUCGACCUCUUUGGACUGGAUGACAAAAUUCUGCACUUUGACCGCAGAGAAGACGAGUUUAGCUCCUGAAUGUGCUCCCAAACACACAAAUCAGCUUUGCAAAGAAACAAUAAGGAAAUCAUCUGGUACAGGGUCAAACUCCUUUACAAGUGUAAAAAUAAGUGAACCACUGCUCAUUUUUCCAAAAGGUUGGAAUGAGUUGUGUGAGUUUAGAGAAUGUGUUGAAAAUCCCAAAUGUACGGGUUCUACUUUAGCGGUUCCAAAUGAUGCUUGAGAGAAAAUGAGGAAAUAUUCAGAGAUGUUUAUUUGUUUUUCAUCCACAGCUGCACUUGGUAGGUGAGCAGUAUUUAAGCUACGUGGAAAUAAAACCUGCUGGUCUGUUGGUUGCCAAGGCUCAGUCGUACUUGAGCUGGACCAGCGAAGGGUAGUUCCUCAUCCCCAAACGCUGGGCCUCAGCGCUGAGGAAAGCCAGCUUCUCCGUUUGGAUUCUGGCCGUGUCCUUCAGCUUCCGCAGCAGCAGAACCUCCUGGUAGCGCUGCUCUGUGUUCACUGCCUCGUUUGCCUCCAUAGCUAAAAGUGUCAGAACACGACCAUGAAGCGGAAGUGGCACUUGACUUUAGCCACUUUUGCACAGUCAUGCUGCAAAAUUGGCCUAUCAGAGACGUAGAAAAGUCUGCCUUUUGCUUUUACACAGAGCUCUACGAACCACGAUGCUGUGCGCUGUCACACAGCAUCCCACAGUUGGACACCUUGCUGGGUUCUGUGUGAAAGCCAAAGGCGGACCAAUAAAUGCUGGAUUUUUUUUACGGCUCAGACGCAGCAAUUUAGUGGGAUUUCUGUGCAAAGGAGGCUCCUAUUAGAAGGUAGAGUAUGGCUGGGAAGACUUUGUCCCCCUAAAAAGGUGGAACAAUGCUGGCAUUUGUUUACCUGACGCCUCACAGAUGUGUCUCAUCUGGGACACGGUCACAUGCAGGUCCUGGAUCUGCUUGUCCAAAGUGGCAUUCUUCUGUUCCUUCCUGGCGGCUUGAGCGUGGAGAUGUCUGAUUGUUUGUUUUCGAUGCUUCACGUCCUUCAGAUAAGUCUUGAAAAAAGCAUAGAAACACAACACUGGCAUGUGCCAUGUAUGGAGGAAAUGCUGCUUAUGGUACCUUUUGCUGCAAAGCCAAGGUCUCCUUCAUAGAUAACGCCUGCUUACACACACGGCUGUCGCUGUCUGUUUUGAGAUACUGAAAAAAAAGAUACACAAAGCUGGACUGCUUCUGCCAUCUUGGUGUAAAAUGUGCACAAUAGACAAUAAAACCAUACUUUAUGGAUUUGUUGAUAUUCAAAGGUUGAAAUUGUCAGUGUUCCAGCGACCUAAACAAUGACAGGAAGCAGCGCUUCUCACUGCAGGAGAACCACCUGAACCCUUUCCAAAGUAAACCAGCAUUCAGGACUGGAGACCAGAUUCUCAUGCACGCCCAUCAGCGUGUUAAAAAUAAGACAUGUGACUCAUCAGGUCUUUAUGGGCCUGUUUAUUCUCUCAGCAGUUACUAACACCCCCCCCCC